AACAUUUGGGACUCGUCAGUAGGUUUGCCUUCAAUACGAUUGAGCACUCAUCAAAGUUUAUUCAUGGCCGGUUGGUUUGUAAUUGAGCAUAAUUACAAACCAUAGCUUUCUAAGCAAUACUGGCAUCGUCGUCCGAUUCAGAAGACGGUGGUGUCUCGCCCCCACCGCUUAAAAAACUGCGAUUUUCACUCACGAAUAUGCAGGCCAAUGGUUGUUCUCAACAUAACGGGACGACUGAGCCUUUUGACUCGCACUCAUUAAGAAAUCCCCCGUCUACAUCAAACGGAGAAAUUACCACUAACGGUACAAUGGUUGGCCAAAAUAAUAGAAACUUGUCAAGAACUGACCAAGAUAUUGUUAGACUCAUUGGGCAACAUUUGAGAGGAUUGGGAUUCAACCAAACUGCUGAACAGUUAAUAGCAGAAUCAGGAUGUGCUUUAGAACACCCAACUGCUGCUAGAUUCAGGGCUCAUGUUAUGGAUGGUGAAUGGGAAAAGACCGAAGAAGAUCUUCAUGAGUUGGAAUCGCUUGUCAAGGGUGGCAAAGGAGAUGUUACUAAAAUGAGAUUUCUGCUCUUGGAACAGAAAUAUUUAGAACUGUUGGAGGAUGGAGUUCCGUUAAAGGCCCUCGAUUGUCUGAGAUAUGAACUAACACCAUUAAAGUAUAACACAGAGAGGGUGCAUGUCCUUAGCACAUACAUGAUGUGCAGCAGUGCUGGGGAACUAAGAGAGAGUUCUAAAUGGGAAGGUAAAGGUGCUGCUAGUCGACAAAAACUUAUAGAAAACUUGCAAGAAUUCCUACCACCCUCCAUCAUGCUCCCUCCACGUCGCCUAUUCACUUUGCUAAGCCAAGCUGUUGAACAACAAAAAGAGAAAUGCCCGUACCAUAACACCCAGCUCGACUCUGAUCUCUCUUCAAUAUCCUUGCUAAUGGACCACAUUUGUACCAAAGAGCAGUUUCCAAAUGUAACAACCCAGGUAUUAGAGCACCAGGAUGAAGUCUGGCACUGUCAGUUUUCUCCUGAUGGCACACGGCUAGCCACUGGCUCUAAAGAUAACAAGCUUAUCAUCUGGGAUGUAGAUAUUAUCUACUUUGAGGUGAAAAAUCCAAGAACACUUGAUGAGCAUAAAUUUGGAGUUGGUUUUGUCACAUGGUGUCCAGAUAAUACACAUAUCCUUGUGUGUGGUCCUGAUGAGACCAAUGAAGUGUACAUCUACAAUGCUGUUACUGGAGAUGUGAGACAGCGUAUCCACCAAAACACUGAUGACAGUUUAACAUAUGCAGCAUGGAUGCCUGAUGGUCGCAAGCUUGUUGUGGGAGGUGUCAGGGGACAGUUUUAUUAUUGUGACAUAGAUGGUAAUGUGAUUGACACAUGGGAGGGCAUUAGAAUCCAGGGACUCGCAGCUCUAGAUGACAAAGUGGCUCUGGCGGCAGACACACACAAUCGCAUCAGAGGGUAUAACUUUGACACUCUUCAAGACUUUCCUAUCAUACAAGAAGACCACCCAAUUAUGACAUUUGUUAUAGAUGAAAAAAAAGAACUAGCUUUAGUCAAUGUAGCUUCUCAGGGAUGUCAUUUGUGGGACUUAAAAGACAAAGUACUUCUACGCAAGUUUCAUGGCCAGACUCAGGCAUUUUUUACCAUCUACUCAUGUUUUGGGGGCCUCAAUCAAGACUAUGUUGCCAGUGGGAGUGAAGACCACAAAGUGUUCAUAUGGCACAAGCGCAGGGAAACACCUGUGGCAGUGCUGGAAGGUCACAGGAUGACUGUGAACUGUGUCCACUGGAAUCCUGCAGAACCAAGCAUGCUGGCCAGUGCAUCUGAUGACGCCACUGUCAGAAUAUGGGGACCAAAAGACAAGCUGGAGAGGAAAAGAAAAGAUAGUUUCACAAGCUCUGGUCGUAGCUCCCCUGUAUGACAAUUGAUGUAGCCUCUAUGUAGGUACAGUAUUUCAUCUCUCCACCGACACGCCAUCAUCAUUCUGUAAAGUUAAUUCACGAUGAAUUUGUUUUUAAAUUAAGAAGAAACAAAAUAAAACACGAGCUUGUGUCAAAUUUCUUGUGUUAAGAAGAAAGAGCUUAAAGCUGCCUGGGAAUAAUAGGAUGAACUCACUAAUGGUUUAUGAAAUCAAAUUAAGUUGAUAAUCAGAUAAACUAUCAUUUGAAAUGGACACCAUUCAUUUUAAAAGUUUCAUGAACCCAGGCCUAACCAGUGUUUUCUUUUCCAUCGCUGCAAAAUGAUAAAUUUUAAUAAACAUGCCAUUUUAAUCAAACAUUUGGCAAAAUCAUCAAUUUUUAAUCAAGUUUCUUGUAAUAAAUUUUUUUUUAAAUAUUUUACUCACAUCUUUCAGUGUUUGAUCAACUGCCAUGUUUUUUUUGUUCAAACAUUGUCAUGAUGGUACAAUUUUCUCUGUGAAAAUUGUAGUUACUGUAGAUAAUUCUGUAGGGUUAGUUUUAUCUCAACAAUGGUUUACUGUGACUGUGAGGUAUGAUUCUUGAAGCUAAAUUUUAAUAUAAGAAAUGGAUGUAAUUUAUUUAUUUACUGAAUGUGCUUAAUCCACUCAUCAUUGAUCAUACCGUAUUUCUUUUUUUAUAAUAGUCUUAGUUUUUAUCGGCAUUAAGGUGAUGUAUCACAUUAACAUGCGUCUUCUCACUUUUUGUAAUAAAUCAAUGUCAAUUUGAAUAACUUGGUUAUUUUUUUUUUAAAUAAUGGUGGGUACAUAAGAAAAAAAAUAUUUUCUGUAGAUAAGAACUUAACUUCUUUAGCUGCUAUAAAAUUAUUAGUUGACAUUGAACUGUGUAAAAUAAUGAAGUGAUUAUAUCAUUUUGUUUCUAUCAUUGUUUUGCAAUUUAUGAUGCUCAUUGUAUACUGGUGGGCUUGCACAAAAAACACAGAGCAAAUGUACUUUAAUUAAUUGAUUUUAAUACCCAAAUAAUGCAGCCAACUAAAAAAUUUAAUUGCUUCUUUUAAAUUUACCCAACCAAUUAACCUCCAUUUUUCCCUUUUUUUUUAUUUAAAUAAACACAAUGUCAAUUAAGUCAGCUUUUAAAUUGUAAGACAUACCCAAAUUUUAAAAAGCUAUUAGGACUGCAUAUUGCAAUGUGAAUUAUUUAUAGUGUGCUCAUUACUUAACAAAAGAGUGGCUCAACAAUUCCAGUCAAAUAAUGCCAUCCCCAGCUUUGUCCUGUGUUGUUUUUCUACUUUGAUUAUACUUCUGUUUUCAAUCUGAUCAUUAGCUGUUGUUUUUCUUACCUUUAUUAGUAUCAUUCAAACGGUUUGAAAUAAGAAUGUUAUAAUGUAUUGUAUUUCAGCCUGAACUAUUCCUUAAUGAAAUGCUAGAUCUCAUACCUACCUCUCAUUGCUACUUGUCCAUGCUUAACUCAUGAUUGGCUUAAUGAAAUGAUUGUGAAUGUGCUGAAUAUUUCUGUUUAUUUUUCUUUCAUUAUCACUCAGCUGGGGUUUUUUUUAAGGUUAUUUUUGUUUUAUUAAUUAGCUAAACAAAAAAAAUGUCCUGUCCAGUAUAUUAAUGAAACAUUUUGUUACUAAGAAAUUAUAUGAUUAACCUAAAAAUAAGAGACUCAUGAAAAGUAAGCUUCAAAUUAUUGUGUAUUUACACUAAAAAAAAAUAUUUCAUAAAUUUUUGGAAAUAUUUAUUUUUGAAUGAUAAAUGACAAAAAGAAAAGUACAAUAUCCAGAUCUUUUUCCUCUGGCACAAAGUACCUAUUUGUAUUUUAAAUCAGGCUAGGUUAUUGUCUAAUAAUAGAUGUCUAAGGGGAAUCUUAUGAAAAACCAAACACCUUACUAAGGCAUACCCACCACUUCAUUUCUAGGUGAAUUUUCUCCAAAGUUCUGCUGACAAAUGAACCUUUAAAAUACUAUAUAUACCCUUUUCCUUCUGAUAAAAAAAUAUAUGAAGCAACUGAUAUUAAAUAUCAAUUGUAAUUUGUACACUUAAUCUAAUCCAGAAUACUCUGUUUAAUGCAGUGGAUCAAAAGUCCCCCCACCCUUUUUUUAAAAUAUAAGAUGUUGCUUCUUUCCAAAGAAGCUACUGAUUAUAUUUAUUAUUCUUUCAACUUUAAUGCAUAAAUUAUUUAACCAAAUAAUGUAUUUUUUCCUCUGUCAAUUUAAAUAUAUGCACUACUUGUUUGUAAAAAACAAAAACAUAAAGUGGUAAAAAAAAAACAUUUCUGUUCUCAGUGCCUUAAGUGCUUGUGUUACCUCUAGCAGAAAGUAGAAGGAAAUAGGUAGUUCAAAUAUAUCUAAGGGAACAGUGUGAUUAAACUGUCAUGGGAAUUAACCAAGUGCUAGACUUUCAUAUGAUUUUUCCUUUUUUUUUGGUUUUUUGCAUUUUAUUUUAGUCUAAAGCCUAGAGUUGAUGCGAAUCUGGAUAAAAUGUCUUCAAGCUUACAAUUUUUUUUUGCUGAAUCCUCUUGAUGUGGGAAGAAAUUAUAUCCAUGGGUAAAAAAUCUUAAUAAUUAUCUAGCAUUUGAAACCCCAUCAUCACAUUUAAAAAAAACAAUACCAGCAAUAUUUGGAUGUUUAAUUCACAUUCCACUUUUUAAAUUUCUCCACAAUCAUUGCGAAAGAUAGUGAGUGAUCUUUUCCACUGUAACAUUAAACAUCUUCACUUUUCUAAAGCAUCUAAAGUAAAGAGAAGUUUUUUAAAUGGGCAAAGUUGUUUUUUUUUUUCACAUUUUAUAAAUGUAACUAAGAUAGCUUAGAAUGGUAGAACACUUUAGGUGGGGCGUACAUUGUGAUAGACAUCACCUUUCUAUGAUCUUUUUAUUUACAAAGAUGUCAAAUGGACAUUCUUUUCACCAAGUAAAUGUUACAUUUCAAAUGAAGGCUGUCCAAAUAUUGUCGAUUUUAUCUUUCUUAUUAUGUAUGCCAUGCAAUUUUUAAUAUUAAUGCCAAUAUUACAAUAAUGGAUUAAAAAAAAUAGAUUACAGUUUAAAUUUGACAUUUUUUGUACAUAAUUUAUUUUAAUUCAGUAUCUGUUUAUAAACAUGCUGUGGUAUUAUUUUUUCUCAAAGUGUCUUGUUAUUGAAUGCAAGUGUCACAUUAAAUAAUUUCAACAAAAACUAUGUUUUGGUAGGUUGUUGUGGGGAUUAAACCAUUAUCUACAUAUACUUUUGACAUACAUAUUUUACCAGCAUUCAGUUUUGUCCAAUUUAGAUGGAUCAUGGGAUGUGAAGUAUUUUCAGAGAUAUUUUUAAAAGACAGGAAGAACUUUUUUUUUACUUCUGGUUUGUGUUGUAGGUUCAUUUAAAGAAAUAAUUUUAUGUGGGAAUUUUACCUAGCUCAAAUUGAUUAGCAUUUUUAAAAAUUUGGAUGCAGAUGCAGUUUAUAUGCAAAUAUUUGCCAAAAAUAAGUAUCAUCUCUCUAGACAAUAUUUUGGACUAAAAGUAUUUCAUUGUUAAAGAAGUUGGUGAAUGUUGUAUUGAUAUUUUUAUUCCUCUGUAAAAUGAACAAGAUAAAAGAUGUGUUAAUUAACAAAUCAUUUGAUUGUGACCACCUAGAAUUAUUUCUUUUUACAAUAUCAAUAAGCACAUGAUGAAAGAUGUGCCCUCCCCUACACAAACAAGUUAGUGACUGGGUAAUUACCUGGGGAGGAAGGGGGUGGGUGUAGUUAAAAAUUACCUUGUUUUCUCUAUAACUCUGUAGCUUAUUUAUUUUAUUUGAAAUUUGUCAAUUUCUUUUUUUUAUUUAUGUGAAUUUUGAAGUCUAUGCAUUCAUGUAUUUUGUAUUACAAGAUGAUGGUGAACCAUUUCUAAAAAUCUUAACCUGAACUCCAAGCAAUUAUUAUUCUAAUCCAGAUACAAUCUGUCUCUGGCUGCCAAUGUUGUAGGUUUUGAAUGGCUUCCAUGAAAACAAUUUUUAAGUUCUUUAAGCUAAGUGUAAUUUUUCAGAAACCAAUAUGCAUCCCCAAGCUAACUAAAUCAAUAUGUCUUAUCAUUUAAAAAGCUAAAAAUAAACUCUUCUGUGCACUUAUGUUUAAAAUGUGACAGAAUUCCCUUCCCUUAGUUUUACCAUUUCAUUCAAAUGCAUCACUGUAUUGUUGUGAAGGGAUAUAUAUGUAUAUAUAUUGUAAUUUUUAUUUCCGGAAGAUUACUAUGAUUGUACAGUUUCAUGUGUGUAAUGGUGAAUAAGAAAAGAUCAUUUGCAUGCACUUGGAUUUUAUAAAAAUCUUGUAUCUGUUUGUGUUGUCCAUUAGAUGAGUGUGUUGUGACUUCUCUGUAUACUCCCAUUUUUAUUUCAUAAGAUUGCCUUCUAUAAAUGACAAAUAAACUAAAUGAUGUAGC